CAGCCAUUUUUUAUGUAAGGGGAUUUUUUUUUCUUAUUGGGGGGGUUGUUAAAAAAUAAAUAUAAGAGGGCGGCCAUCUUUGUUGCUCAGCCUUAGUGUAAAAUAUUCCAAAACGCCCCCCUACUUUUCUCCCGUGCCGAUUUGAAUAUUAAAUAAAUAACACUCCAUCCGCUGCAAGAAUUACGGCUUCGUUGUUUUGUGUUUCAUUUUUUAUGGUUUUUUUUUUCUUUAAAACACUGAACACAAGGACGGAGCCGCCAAUGACAGCAGGGAUAUAAUAAUGUCCUCUCCUCUCCGCUCCUGCGAGGAAGACGAGGGCAUGGUGGUUAAUUCCGAGGGAGGAGAUUUUGAUAAAGAAGACAACGAGGACGACGGAGAGCUGGACGAGAACGCAAGCGACAUAAACUCGCCGGCGGCGCCUCGGGAAACUGCAACACCACCAGCCGCGCCAGACGAAGACCCAGAGAUAUCGGACCGAGAGGUCCCAUGCAAGAAGAAAGGCCGGCCCAAGAAGAAGAAGGACACAAAGAAGAAAGAGAAAGAGGGGAAACCUGCCAAAACAAAGAAACGCAAGAAGAUUGACAGCGAUGUAGAGCGAAUCUCAGACAGAGAAAGAGACUAUGGUGAAAACUCAGACAGCAUCGCCAGUGAUUACGGCUCUGGCGAGAAAAAGAAAAAGAAGAAACAUAAAGAAAGGAAGGAGAAAAAAACCAAGAAAAAGAAAAAAGAUGACGGGGACCGAGACAGUAGCCAGGAGGAAACGACGAAACAGCCGAUAGAGCAGAAGACGUCUGCCCAGCUGGCAAAGGAGUGGGGUUUGGAGGAUGUUGAUCAUACCUUCACAGAAGACGACUACAGGGAGCUCACAAAUUACAAAGCCUUCAGCCAGUUUAUGAGGCCGAUGAUAGCCAAGAAGAACCCGAAGAUCCCCAUGUCGAAGAUGAUGACCAUCCUGGGGGCCAAGUGGAGGGAGUUCAGCUCCAACAACCCCUUCAAAGGCAACGCCGCUGCCGUCGCAGCCGCUGCUGCUGCCGCCGCCAUCGCUGUCGCCGAGCAGGUCUCUGCAGCGACCGCCUCGCCCGAGCCGCCGCCUCAGCCGCCGCCCAUUAGAAAGGCCAAGACGAAAGAGGGCAAAGGUCCAGGAUAUAAAAAGCGCAGUAAAAGUCCUAGAGUGCCUGACAAGAAGAAAGCCCUAUCUAAAGCUAAAAAGAUGGCUCCCAUCCGUAUUAAACUAUUACCAAUAGCUGGGAAGAGGAAGAAGAGCUGCUCUAGCGACGACAUGGAUGAGGAAGAGUCAGAGCAGGAGGACUCCAGCGUUCACAGCUCCUCCGUUCGCUCCGACAGCUCCGGCCGAGUGAAAAAGAACAAGCGGGGACGGCCUGCCAAGAAGAAGAAGAAAGAUAAGAUUCCAGGUGAGGAAGAAGGCGACGGCUAUGAGACGGAUCACCAGGACUACUGUGAGGUGUGUCAGCAGGGCGGAGAGAUCAUCCUGUGCGACACCUGUCCUCGAGCGUACCACCUCGUGUGCCUCGAGCCUGAGCUGGACAAGGCCCCCGAGGGCAAGUGGAGCUGCCCGCAUUGUGAAAAAGAGGGAAUCCAAUGGGAGGCGAAAGACGAAGACUUUGAGGACUUCGAGGAGGACAGCGAGGACAGAGUGAUAUCUGAGGUCAGCAUCGGGGUUCCCACCGGCGCAGAGGAGGAGGAGGACGACCACAUGGAGUUCUGUCGGGUGUGCAAGGACGGCGGCGAACUGUUGUGCUGCGACACGUGCACGUCCUCCUACCACAUUCACUGUCUGAACCCUCCGCUGCCCGAGAUCCCCAACGGAGAGUGGCUCUGUCCGCGAUGCACGUGCCCGCCAAUCAAAGGAAGGGUCCAGAAGAUACUCCACUGGAGGUGGGGCGAGCCUCCUCCUCCCAUUCCUGUCCCGCUGCCCCCUGACGCUCCUCCCGAUGCCCCUCCACUGCCGCCCAUGAAGGGCAGAGCUGAGAGGGAGUUUUUUGUCAAGCUAACCAGCCAGUCGUACUGGCACUGCACCUGGAUCACCGAGCUGCAGCUGGAGAUCUUCCACUCGGUGAUGUACAGAAACUACCAGAGGAAGACCGACAUGGACGAGCCCCCCAGCCUGGACUACGGAUCGGGCGCAGAGGACGAGAACGGAGUGUGCAAGAGCGAGAAGAGGCGGGCCAAAGAUCCCCACUACGCCCUGCUGGAAGACAAAUACUACAAAUACGGCAUCAAGCCCGAGUGGAUGAUGAUUCACCGCAUCAUAAACCACAGCGUGGAUAAAAAGGGGAUGUACCACUACUUGGUAAAGUGGAAAGAUCUGACCUAUGACCAGUGCACCUGGGAGAGAGAUGACAUGGAUGUACCCGACUUUGAACUCCACAAGGCCAACUACUGGAGACACAGGGACAACAUCUUGAAGGAAGACCCCGAUAAACCCAGGAAAAUGAUGAGCAAGGAGGGAGACGGUGAAGAGGAGGAGUCUCUUCCCUCCCCACUCACAGAUCCGACGAUCAAAUACGAGGAGCAGCCCGACUUCGUCACGGCGACAGGCGGCACCCUGCACCUCUACCAGCUGGAGGGCCUCAACUGGCUGCGCUUCUCCUGGGCUCAGGGCACCGACACCAUCCUGGCAGAUGAAAUGGGUCUGGGCAAAACCAUCCAGACAAUCGUCUUUCUCUAUUCACUGUUCAAGGAGGGCCACACUAAGGGUCCUUUCCUGGUCAGUGCACCCCUCUCCACUAUUAUAAACUGGGAGAGGGAGUUCGAGAUGUGGGCGCCCGAUUUUUACGUGGUGACGUACACGGGAGACAAAGACAGCCGGGCCAUCAUCAGAGAGAACGAGUUCACGUUCGACGACUCCAUCAAAACCGGAAAGAAGGCCUUCAAACUCAGGCGCGAGGCUCCCAUUAAAUUUCACGUCCUUCUGACCUCCUAUGAGUUGGUGACCAUCGAUCAGACGGCGCUCAAGUCCAUCGAGUGGGCGUGUCUGGUGGUGGACGAGGCUCACCGCCUCAAAAACAACCAGUCCAAGUUCUUCAGGCGUUUAAAUGACUACAAAAUUGACUACAAGCUGCUGCUGACUGGAACUCCUCUGCAGAACAACCUCGAAGAGUUGUUUCACCUGCUCAACUUCCUCACCCCGAAUCGCUUCAACAACCUGGAGGGCUUCCUGGAAGAGUUCGCCGACAUCUCCAAAGAGGACCAGAUCAAGAAGCUCCACGACCUGCUGGGGCCUCACAUGCUGCGGAGGCUCAAGGCCGACGUGUUUAAGAACAUGCCGGCUAAGACCGAGCUGAUUGUCAGAGUGGAGCUGAGCCCCAUGCAGAAGAAAUACUACAAGUUGAUUUUGACCAAGAACUUCGAGGCUCUGAACUCGAAAGGCGGAGGAAACCAGGUGUCUCUGCUGAACAUCAUGAUGGACCUGAAGAAGUGCUGCAACCACCCGUACCUCUUCCCUGUCGCCUCCAUGGAAGCCCAGAAAACACCCAGCGGGGCGUACGAAGGCUCGGCCCUCACCAAGGCCUCUGGGAAGCUGACGUUGCUGCAGAAGAUGCUGAGGAAGCUGAAAGAUCAGGGGCAUCGAGUGCUGGUCUUCUCACAGAUGACUAAAAUGCUGGAUUUAUUAGAAGAUUUUUUGGACUAUGAGGGUUACAAGUAUGAGAGGAUUGAUGGAGGCAUCACAGGCGCACUGAGACAAGAGGCCAUCGACAGAUUCAACGCUCCCGGAGCGUGUCAGUUUUGCUUCUUGCUCUCCACCAGAGCCGGAGGUCUGGGCAUAAACCUGGCUACGGCCGACACGGUCAUCAUCUUCGACUCUGACUGGAACCCCCACAAUGACAUUCAGGCGUUCAGCAGAGCUCAUCGCAUCGGGCAAGCCAACAAGGUGAUGAUCUACCGCUUUGUGACGCGAGCCAGCGUGGAGGAGCGCAUCACCCAGGUAGCCAAAAGGAAGAUGAUGCUGACCCACCUGGUGGUGCGGCCAGGUCUGGGAUCCAAGGCCGGCUCCAUGACGAAGCAGGAGCUGGAUGACAUCCUCAAGUUUGGGACGGAGGAGCUCUUCAAGGAUGAAGGAGAAGGUAUGAAGAACAACUCUCGGGACAAAGUUGAGGAUGAGGGCAGCGUCAUUCACUACGACAGCACCGCCAUCGAGAGGCUGCUGGAUCGCAGCCAAGACGCCACGGACGACUCGGACGUCCAGAACAUGAACGAGUACCUGAGCUCCUUUAAGGUUGCCCAGUACAUGGUCCGAGAGGAGGACAAGAUUGAGGAGAUCGAGCGGGAGAUCAUCAAGCAGGAGGAGAACGUGGACCCGGAUUACUGGGAGAAGCUGCUGCGGCAUCACUACGAGCAGCAGCAGGAGGACCUGGCCAGCAAGCUAGGUAAAGGGAAGAGGAACCGCAAGCCUGUGAACUACAACGACACUGCGCAGGAAGACCAAGAGUGGCAUGCUGACAUUUCAGAUAACCAGUCCGAAUACUCCGUGGGCUCCGAGGAGGAGGAUGAGGACUUCGACGAUCGGCCAGAAGGUCGGAGGCAGUCACGUCGUCAGCUGAGGAAUGAGAAAGAUAAACCUCUGCCUCCUCUUCUGGCCAGAGUGGGAGGCAACAUAGAGGUUCUUGGUUUCAACACACGGCAGCGCAAAGCUUUCCUGAACGCGGUGAUGCGUUGGGGUAUGCCGUCUCAGGACGCGUUCUCAUCUCAGUGGCUCGUUAGGGACCUCAGGGGAAAAACUGAGAAAGAAUUCAAAGCUUAUGUGUCUCUCUUCAUGCGUCACCUGUGCGAGCCGGUCGCCGACGGGGCCGAGACGUUUGCCGACGGCGUCCCCAGGGAGGGCCUGUGUCGGCAGCUCGUCCUGACGCGUAUUGGCGUCAUGUCUCUGGUCAAGAAGAAGAUCCAAGAGUUUGAGCACAUCAACGGACGGUGGAGCCUUCCGGAGCUCAAACCCGAGGUCACCGUUGACAAAUCGUCCUCGCGGGCCUCCUCUCCCGCCGCUAAGACCGCGACUCCCACACCCGACGCAAGCUUCAACAACACGCCAUGCACCUCGAAGCCAGCGACUCCUGCUCCAUCGGAGAGGCUGGAGAAGAACGGGAAGGAGGGCGAAAAGGAGGAGGAGAAGGGGGACGCUGAUGCCUCUGCGGAAAAGGAGAAAGUGAAGGAGAAGGAGCAACAGAGAGAGGUGUACGGCAACAAGACCGGCGACGCUGAGGAGCUUUCAUCCUCAACAAAAGAAUCGUCGCAGAAGGCAUCUCCAAGUCAAAAGAUGGAUGGCAAAGAAGAGAGUACCACCAAAGAGGAUGACAUGGAGGAAUCGACCGAGUCUUCAGCCGCCACAUCAGAGGAGAACAAACAAGAGGACAGUAAAGAGGAGACUAAACAAAACACCGACGUUACAGAAAAGAAGUCAGAGGGAGAGAAGCCUGGGGAGGACAAGGAGAAAGAAAAGAGGGAUGAAAUGCGAACAUCUUCAGAGGCAACAGAAGCCAGGGAAAAAACCGAGGCGUCUGACCUGAAGAGAGAAGAGGUCAAAGGUGAAAGGGAUGCUGGGAAAGAGAUCAAAGCAUCCAAGGAGGAGACGACAAAGGGUAAUGGGAAGCCUCAGACCGAGCGGCCGCGCUUCAUGUUCAACAUCGCAGACGGCGGCUUCACAGAGCUGCACACUCUCUGGCAGAACGAGGAGCGGGCUGCCAUCUCCUCGGGUAAGAUGAACGAGAUCUGGCACCGUCGACACGACUUCUGGCUGCUGGCGGGAAUCGUGGUACACGGCUACGCUCGUUGGCAGGACAUCCAGAACGAUCCACAGUUCGCAAUCGUCAAUGAGCCGUUCAAGUCGCAGGCAAAUAAAGGAAACUUCUUGGAAAUGAAAAACAAGUUUUUGGCUCGGCGUUUUAAGCUGCUGGAGCAGGCGCUGGUGAUCGAGGAGCAGUUGCGGCGGGCGGCUUACCUAAACAUGACCCAGGACCCGAGCCACCCGGCCAUGGCGCUCAACGCUCGCUUCGCUGAGGUGGAGUGCCUGGCGGAGUCGCACCAGCACCUCAGCAAGGAGUCGCUGGCAGGGAACAAGCCAGCCAACGCUGUUCUGCACAAAGUGUUGAACCAGCUGGAGGAGCUGCUGAGCGACAUGAAGGCCGACGUGACCCGGCUGCCCGCCACGCUGUCCCGAGUCCCGCCCAUCGCCGCCCGCCUGCAGAUGUCGGAGCGGAGCAUCCUCAGCCGGCUCGCCAGCAAGGGCACUGAGACGCACACGCCCCCGCCCAUGCUGCCGGGACCCUACGCCACCCCUCAGAACUACGGCGCGCCCUUCACCCCGGCCCCACCGAGCGCCCUGCACAUAGGAGGAGCCAACUACAGCCAGAUGCCGCCGGGAUCCUUCAUAUCAGUCCUGAACGGGCCUCCCAUGUCUGUAAAGAAGGAACGGGAAGCAGAACUGCUGGUGAACCGACGGGAGCAGCGCAGCGGAGAGGUCAUCUGUAUCGACGACUAGACGACACACACGCACACUCGCGCUUGCACACCUGAAAUCCAUUUCCUGCUAGAAAGACACCUUCAAUUACUCCUCUACAGAGGAAUGUUUUUUGUUUGUUUGGUUUUUUUCCGCAGGAGAAAGCAGCACCACUGAACCGCGCUCUCAGUAUUACAACUAACUAACUGACUGUCUGAAGGCAAAUGUACCCAAACAAUAGUGAUUGUAAUUGCUUCAUUUGAAACAAACAUAACUUCAGCCGCACACAUAGCCGCACUCUCAGCGUCACAGACAGUCCAACCUGCCUCCAACUUUUUGUGACCAUUUUACGACUGCCUCAAACCAUUAUACUCCUCAACAACGGCCUCCUCAAGUGGGCCUCCUCCUCCUGGAGAUGCUUCAGACCUCACCUAUGCACACACACACACACACACACACGCCCCCGCGCACACACAAAAACAUAAAGAAAUGUUAAACCCAACCUUACCCCAGAAACUUCCUAGAUCUGUCAGUAUCCUCUUCCUUCUCUUUCUAAGCUUCCCUCAGAAAGUUGCAUGUGAAACUAUACUCAUUUCUCCCACGUCGCUCCAUCCCCUGAAGCAUGCUCUUAUCACAACAACGCUGUCUUGUGGAAUCAGAAAGAAAAGAAAAUGUUAUCAAGCUGUGCCUAAACUCGUUUUAAUACUAUUUCUAAUGCUCAGAGAGAGGCUGAUUCUCCGAUGUCUGAGUAUAAGCAGCUCCAUGCACAGCUCCAGCUAUUGGCUUUUUUCAUUUACCUUUUUUUUUAACGGUACGUGUUCAGAUAAAACUCAUGUGCAAAAGUAUGAUAUAAAUAUAUUCAGGAUUUGUUUGACCAUAAAGUAUUUUCCAGCAUCCUUAUCUGCUUUUCCUGGUUUGAGUUUAUGUACAGAGCUUUGAGGUAUUUUGAAGGGGGUUCGUUUUAGGAACGGCCUCGAAACGUCGCUAUUUUUUAGGAUCCCCCUACUAAUGUUUAUAACCUUUCAUAAACGAAUCAGUGUUAUUGAAACCUGUCGACAACCCUCUGCACUGCUCUUACCUUUACUUACCGGCGCUUUAAAUCAAGAAUUUUAUUUUGUGUUUCCUUUUUUUUUAUUAUUAUUAUUUCUGUUUCCUUCUACAAAAUCCUGUGAUAUACUUUGCAUAUUUAAGCAGCUCAUUCGUGUUCUCUUGUAUUUUUACUCUCCCAGUUAUGAGCAUUGUUGUUGUUGAUGUUGCUGUUGUUCUCGCCGUUGCUAUUCGAGAGAGAGCUUCUACCAAAAGAGACAUAUCUUUGUAACUAUAACAGUUAAAAAGAAAAACACAACAGUACUCGUGCCACACAAUACACAGUUCUGCCAUGUUCGUCCCAUUGUUGCAAGAGAACACAAAACGAAGAAGUUGAGCUAACUUCAGAAGUGCAUAUGUAAUACGAGAAAGCAAACUUUCCUUUUAGUUUUGGGGCUUAAUUAUGUACAUCUGUAGAAACUAGGUCAUAUGUAACCCUAAAUGCUUCUACCAAGGUCUUAGUCCAUUUCAGCUCCAUUAAAAGUACUCAAGAGUUAUCCAGAGAAUCAGAGAGGGGACUUUUAUAUAUUGCGUCAUUUAAAACCGCCUUAAUAAACAUAGCUGAACACAUGUAAAGUCAAUGAAAUACAUUUAGAAACUGAUGUCAACCUGUAAAUUCCUGUAUCUUCUGUUUCAAGUGGAAAACUGAAAAGAUGGCAUAUCUUUAAAAACAACGUAGCUCAUCAACUUUUCCCCAUGAUUUAUACAAAUUUCUGUUACUUUAAAGCAAAUAUUCAACAACCCCCAAACUAAAAUGUUGAGUCAAGAACAACAAAGUAUUGCUUUGUCCACUAUUAUUUUGUCCUUGUUUCAGGAUUUUCGGUUGAUUUCUGGGUAUCUUGUGUCACUGUGUAUGUGGUGGUGCCGACGAACUGACAGGUGGAAGUAAAAACACGUCAACAAUGACACUUCUCCUUAUUUUCUCUUUUUUUGUUUGUAAUAAAACUGAAAGAAAUGACG